CCUCUGUCAGGGAGGCACUAUUCAUGCGGUUACUGUAGCACGUGGACAGUUCCGAGAUUAGAUCAGAUUUGGUUUGGAUCAGAUUAGUUAGGAAGAGAUAAGGAUUAGAUCAGAUUUGGUUGAUAAGGAUUAGAUUAGUUAGGGAAGGGAUAAGGAUUAGAUCAGAAUUGGUUAGAUGGAUAGAGACAAGUCAGUCGCCUCUAUAAAAGAGACAUCAUUGUAUCAGUUAAGGGUAAGCAAGAAUUAGAAACAAACCUUCUUCUUGCCCGACCGUGGGCAAAGGCCCCCGGCCGACAUUCCUGCAACUACAACUCCCUAUCCCUCUCCAAUUCCCCAAUCACAUCAUAGUCUAUAACAAUCUGGUAUCGGAUAUGUCAAGCGCUCCGACUCCGAUGACCCUCGAGGGCCUCAACGCUAAGCUCGAUGCCAAUCUUCACCACCCUCGCGCGCUCUGUGGCAACCAUUGAAGCUUUCAUGUCGCGCAUGGCGUGUCCCUCCCAACACCCGCCGGCGCCACAGUUAUCGAUGAUCACGCACCCACCAGCGACCGUGGGACCACCCCUGUCGCCACCGGCGCCGUCACAUCGCCUGAUCAGUGCCAGUGCGCCCGCACCAACGGGCCUGCCCCUUUACCUCAUCUCCAUACCACCAUCACCAUCGCCAAUUCCAUCAUACGCCCUCUCAUCAAUGACGGCGCCGGAAUUCACGAUGGCAACGUCUCCUUCACCGACCCCGUCGUUCACCGCCCCCAUGCCUAUGCCGCCACAGCAGCACUGCGAAGACGUCUUCUACGGGAGCGUGGAUGGCAUUCGGGCAACGACGGCGCAGCUACAGGAGGCGGCACGCUGCCUCCUAGCGCGCCGACAAGGACAACGCCCCCAUCUUCAAGCAGAAGCGCCCAGUCGUCCCAGCAACCUUGAAGCAGCUCACGGAGAGGAAGGCGAGUGCGCAGGCGAGUGCCUGCAAGGUGUUUGCGGUGGUGUGGCUGCAAGCUGCGGCGCAUGGCCUCCUAGUGCGCCAGCAAAUGCUCGAGGCAACCUUGGUGUCGGUCGACCUUGGCACAUGGGGACGCGACCUCGCCCUGUCGGACGACCAUCAAGAACUGCGCUGGCCCGAUAUCUCCAAGCGCGAGCAUGGUGUGUGUCCCGCGGGCGACGAACUCCAACUCUACGACAGCGUCGGUAGGGAAGGCACUCCCCUCCUUGUCAUCGGCAUGGGCGCACGGACUAGCACUACCACAUUCCACUACCGACCGCUAUGAGGGCGUCUCAGUUGGUCAUUGUUGCGACCCAUUCCAGGGAUCAUCCACAUGCUCCCCUUUCGUCCAGAUGGCGUAUAUCAGAUCCAUGUGGCUGCACACGUGCAGAUCCAAUGCGCAAAGGGUGUUCGCCUUAUCUUAAGGGGUCAAAAAAUAAAGAGUUAAUGUCUAAUUCAGGUUCGAAAUAAUAAAAUAAACCGAGAUGUAGAAGACUUAUUUUUAGGUGUUAGGUUUGUGUCUAGUGGGGUCAUCGUUAGGUUGCAGCUCGAGGUCGAGUUGCAUGUCCAGGUAGGGUGUAGUGUAAGGAGGCACUGUUCACACGGUUACUGUAGCGUGGGAACAGUACCGAGAUUAGAUCAUAUUUGGUUUGGAUCGGAUUAGUUAUGAAAGAGGUCAGGAUUAGAUCAGAUUUGGUUGAUAAGGAUUAGAUUAGUUAGGGAAGUAAUAAGGAUUAGAUCAGAUUUGGUUAGUUGGAUAGAGAUAAGUCAGUCGUCUCUAUAAAAGAGACACCAUUGUAUCAAUUAAGGGUAAGCAAAAAUUAGAAGCAAGCCUUCUUGCCCGGCCGUGGGGGCCUUUUGCCCCCGGCCGGCAUU